UGGACAGGAGGGUUCUGUCACCUGCUACAGCCAAAGUCGACUGGAAGGAGCCUGGAAGAGGGCCUCCCUGCUGCCCACCUGCGCCUGGAGUUUGAUUGAGCCCACCUGUCUCUCUUGCGGGAAGCAUGGCAGACACACCAAAGGAGGGUAAACUGACCAGGUUCCUGGACUUCACCCAGCUCAUCGACAUGGCCUCGGAGGCCGUGGGAGGAAAGGUUUUAUUUGCAACCGAUGAUUUUUUUUCGCCUGCAGAGAACCUCCUAAAGAGCGACAGCCCAAGUUACAAAGAACACGAGUACACCGAGUUUGGGAAGAGGAUGGAUGGAUGGGAGACCAGGAGGAAAAGGGUUCCAGGUCAUGACUGGUGCAUCAUCAGGCUGGGGAUCCAGGGAGUGAUCCGGGGCUUCGAUGUGGACAUUUCCUACUUCUCGGGAAAUUAUGCUCCUCGAAUGUCCAUUCAAGCAGCAAACUUGGAAGAAGAAAAACUACCAGAAAUCCCACAAAGAGGCAUCAGGACGGGAGCUGCUGCCACACCCGAGGAGUUUGAAGCCAUUGCUGAGCUCAAAUCCAACAACUGGAGUUACUUGGUUCCCAUGACAGAGCUUAAGCCAGGAAACCCUGCUUCCAGCCACAACUAUUUCCUUGCCAAUUCCCAGCAGAGGUGGACUCAUGUGAGACUCAACAUUUUCCCAGAUGGUGGAAUUGCACGUCUUAGAGUAUAUGGUACUGGGCAAAAAGACUGGACUGCCACAGAUCCCAAAGAACCUGUAGACCUAGUGGCCAUUGCUUUUGGAGGUGUCUGUGUAGGAUUUAGUAAUGCACACUUUGGGCACCCCAACAAUGUGAUAGGAGUCGGCAAGGCAAAGUCUAUGGCUGAUGGCUGGGAGACGGCGCGAAGGCUGGACCGGCCCCCAGUGUUAGAAAAUGAUGAAAAUGGCAUUCUCCUGAUUCCAGGUUGUGAAUGGGCAGUUUUCCGACUGGCACAUCCUGGAGUAAUAACUCAGAUUGAAAUAGACACUAAAUAUUUUAAAGGCAAUUAUCCUGACAGCUGCAAAGUGGACGGCUGUGUCCUGACCACUCAGGAAGAAGAGGACAUGAUCAAACAGAAGUGGGAUCUCCCGGCCCAGAAGUGGAAGCCGCUGCUUCCUGUCACCAAGCUGUCCCCCAACCAAAUGCACUCGUUCAACAGCCUGACCCUGGAGCUGCAAGAUGUCAUCACUCAUGCUAGGCUCACCAUCGCACCAGAUGGGGGACUGAGCCGCCUCCGCCUCAGGGGCUUCCCCAGCUCCAUCUGCCUCCUGCGACCCCGGGAGAAGCCCGCCAUGAGGUUCUUGGUGAAGCCGGGCUUCAGAGCCAACCCUUAG